CAGGAUAUGAGUGGGGUCCUGGAGAGUGCGGUGGUGGACACCAGCAUACUGGAGCAGUACCUCAGCAACCACAUGGACCCAACAUCCAUGUUGCCAGAGUCCCCACCAGAUUCUGGUUCAGAACCGUGCUCACCUCCACAAAUACCAGAGGUGCGCUACGGCUCCCAUUGGUCCAACGUCCGCGUGAACCAGGAAGUCUUCCAGCCAGUGACGCGUCCUCCAGCCUCAUCGUGUCGAUAUAAAGAGCCAUCACCACAACCCCCACCACACCCAAGCCUGCCGUACCACCAGGGGCUGACUAACUCGUACACCAAGACGGGCAUGUGUCCAGGCCCGCUGCCCCAUGACCCCCCUCCACCACCCCCACUACCUGAGCCCAGGGGAGAGCUAUAUACAGGCUAA